AACAUUUUCAAACGGUGAGUCUCUCCCAACUUAUCUACUCAAACACUAAAGAAGAAGAAGAGAGCCUGAAGAAAGGGGGCCCCAAAAAAAAAAUAUCAUGAAUCAUCGCGGCCAUCAUCAUCGUCGUCAUUCACUGAUGCUGCUGCUGUUCGUGUCCGGUUGCUUCGUCGUGCUCCAAUGGCUUCCUAUGGAGGCCGAAGCGAAGGCCAACCACAAUGACAACAACUACUCCCGCAUUACUGUCAUGGGCAUUGUCUACUGUGACAUCUGCUCCAACAACACCUUCUCCAAGCACAGCUACUUCCUACCAGAUGUGGAAGUGAAGAUAGACUGCAAGUUCAAAGCCAACUCCCCAAAGACGACCGAGGAGGUGUUGUUCUCUGCGAGGAGGAGCACCAACAAAUACGGAGUCUACAAACUUGACAUUCCUGCCAUGGAUGGGAUCGAGUGUGCUCGGGACUCAGCCAUCGUUUCCUCCUGUCAAGCAAGCCUGAUGUGGACCCCUUCCUCUUCCUGCAACGUCCCGGGCUACAGGACCACGUCCGAUGAGAUAGCGGUCAAGUCAAAGAGAGCCAAUCUCUGCAUCUAUAGCCUCAAUGCUCUCAACUACCGGCCCUCAAAGAGAGAUAUCAACCUCUGCGGACAUUAAAAAUGUCUUUUGGCAAUCUCUCUAUUUUCUCUUCAGAUUUUAUCUUUUUGAAACAAUUUCGAGUUCGAUUGCUAUAUUAUCGCCUGAAGUGGCUGUUCUUUUGGACAAUAUUAGGCAGCUCAAUUGAUGUUUCAUAGGUUAUGAUCCGUAGAUUGAA